GAGCAGUGUGUCUCAGGCUGGCGCAGACAGGGAGGGAGGCAGUGUGAGGGAGAGAUGGAGCAGGAUGCUGCCCGGUGGAGAGGCUGAGGCAGUACAACAUACUUUCUCCCUCCUUGAGCGCAUCAGCGAGCUGUGAUCCAUAGGUGGAGAAAGCAGAGAGAUCUUCACAGUCAGGAUCACAGAAAUGUAACAAUUACGAGUGGAGAGGAGAGCUGAAAAAAGAGGGGGGGAAAGGAAACCGAAGGCAUCAAAGUCUACAUUAUUAAGGAGGAUUUGAGGAGUCUGCGUUUAUAAUCCGACAUCAGAGGCGGAAUGUGAAUCCAAAUAACUUAUGUUAAUUACAGAUUUUAACGAAUAUGAUGCGAUUUGAACGGCUCUGAAGCACCGAGAGGAGAAUUUUAGAUUGGCCACUUGAAUUCAAAUAUCUGUGAUAUAUUUGUUUUGUUUUUUUAAUUUAUUUUGGAGAGGGGAGGGCUGCUUAUGUUCGCCGUCGACUUGCCCCCCCAGAAACUGAUUUGCGCCUAAAAAGCAGAUUGUAUCGGACUACUGCGCGUUUGUGCUCAUCACACACGUUGGAGUUAUUAUUUGGGUCUGAAGUGCAGGGGGAUGAUUUUAGCGCAUUUUGUUUCGCAAUGAUUGCCGCCUAAUUUCCCAUGUCGGACUGAGGUCUGCCAGACUUUGUGGAAAAGGAGAUUUGUGUUUGUUGUCAAUGUUUAUCAAAUCCGCGGAGGUCUGCAGAGCAACUCAACACAGUGGAUCGCAAGAAAAUCUCGAGGAGGUGACAAGUGACAUUCACACGACGAGCCACGAAAGCUCCGGAUCAACUUCAAAACUUAAAGUUUUUUUUUUUUAAGUCUGGAAUAUAAGAAUUAGAUAGAUGAUUCUCAGAGGACAGAAGACGAAAUACACCUAGGCCUACAAAAUGUUCAAAAGGGGCUGUGGGCUGGAGUUCCUGCUGGUUCUCUGUGGGCUCGAGUUUUCCUGGUCCUGCCCUCGUCACUGUAUCUGCUACACUGCACCAAGCACCGUCUCCUGCCAAGCCCACAACUUCCUGUCGGUCCCCGAAGGCAUUCCUCCUGACAGUGAGCGCAUCUUCUUACAGAACAAUAAGAUCCAUCGCUUACUUCGGGGCCACUUCAGCUCCGACACAGUCACUCUCUGGAUUUACUCCAAUAACAUCACGUAUAUUGAACCCUCCACCUUCCACGGCUUCACACUGCUUGAGGAGCUGGAUCUGGGAGACAACCGCCACCUGCGCUCUUUGGCUGAAGACACCUUUCACGGGCUGAGCCGCCUCAAUGCGCUACACCUGUACCGUUGUGGGCUCAGUUCACUUCCUAAUAACAUCUUCCAAGGCCUCAGAAACCUGCAAUAUCUCUACUUGCAGGAUAAUCAUCUGAAGUUCCUGCAAGAUGACACAUUCAUGGACCUCCACAACCUGAGCCACCUGUUCCUGCAUGGAAACCGACUGUGGAGCAUUAACCAGAACACCUUCAGAGGCCUUCGAGCCUUGGACCGACUGCUUCUGCACCAAAACCAGAUCGAGUGGGUUGACCGCUUGGCCUUCCAUGACCUGAAACGUCUCACCACCCUCUACCUGUUCAACAACUCUCUGAUACAGCUGUCCGGACAGUGCCUGGACAUGCUGCCCGCCUUGGAAUACCUGCGCCUCAACGACAAUCCCUGGUCAUGUGACUGCAAGGCCCUGUCGCUAUGGGAAUGGUUGAAACGUUUCCGAGGUUCGACGUCUUCAGUGGGUUGCCAGGCACCGGUUGAUAUGAUUGGUAAAGACCUCAAGGAGUUGCGCAAGGAGGACUUUCCCGACUGUACACCAACUGUACCUAAUUCUGAGUCCAGAUCCCAGACUAACAACUUAUCUGGCACUGUGAAUCCGUCUAUGAAUCGCGGUGUGGUGGUGGGAUCUGGAGGGCAGACCCACAUAGUGCACCCCUCGAGGCCUGGCCGUUCUCGGAACUGCACAAAGCCUCGUAACAGGGUGAGCAAGGGGAAGGGUGACAAUGAGGUCCACCACUCAAAGGAGAUCAUGGCAGACAAGGAGGAUUCCUCCCCAGAUUUCACAGAUGGGGGGAAACAUGACCACACGUCUCCAGACGGCACCGUCACACGGAGGAAGCACAAGUGCACUCCCCGGACCACUGUUCGCCCCCCUAGUGGGGUUCAGCAAGCCAACAAUAGGGCGACCUUAUCCCAGUCCUUACUACAUGUCUAUGCCCUCUUUGUGGCCUUGAUAACAACAAAUUUUGACUACAUUCUCCGUUGACCUUCGGAGGGUUUGGCAAACGCUAAUCACAAAAAAACAAAGCCCUCAGACCUUCUCUUGCUCCUGCACUACAAGGCCUCUGUGUCUUUUAUGUAUGUGUGUGUGAGUGUGAUUAUAUGUGUAAAUGUUGUGUAGGGAGCUUUACUGUUCAGACUGAAACAGGCAUCAAAGCAUCAAACAUCUACAAGAGAAAGACUCGCGCACAAGAAUCAGAGAGAGAGUCAGAGAAUGAGAAACGGUUAACGCAGACCAAGCUUGCACUGCCACUUAUGCCAGUAUGAUUUUAUCUUCAUAUGUCUUGGUGUAGUUUUCAAGCUUCUGUUUUACACUCACAAAUGGAGCUCAGAUAACCAAAAUUUGGUGAAUGUAGAGAAAAAGGAGGGUUGACAAAGCAAACGAGGUCAAACCUGUUUGUUAGUGAACUCUUAGUGAGAUAAGCUAGUACAAGUGCUCCAUCCAGCUUUAAUUUUCAGUUCACAGUGUGUAAAUUGUUAUCAGGAAUGUGCAAAUGGAAAGUCGAUGACCAUCUAAAGCCUCCGACGUCAGCCCUAUCUUGCUCUCAUCCUUUCUGCCAAAUGUGUUUUCCUUCCGUUGCUUCCGUCGUUUACAACAGAUCCGGACAAUUUGGUGUAAGUGUUACUCAUAAACAAAGAAGAAAAGUAUAAGCAUGGCAAUAAAUUGUCUGCCAGUAUCAGACAUGAGAAUGUGCCAGACUCACAACAAAAUGGAAAUCUACGUCACAGAUAAGACUAAAAACAGAACCUGUUAGCUCAUACAUCAUAUGAAGUCCUACCAAAAUAUAACUUCUCUUUGCAUAGUGUUGGCUUUUUUCCAGGUAUUGUACCAACCCUUCUGCCUAGUUAACAGAAUUUCUCAUUGGUAUUACAUUUACAGCCUCCAUCUUCAUUUACACCACGCCUCUCCCUCUGUGCAACUGAAUAUUAAGCUGCUAAUUGUUUCAAGAUGACGAGGACUGCCAUGCGCUAUUUUCAUUUGCUUGGAGAAACAACGCGUGUCUCUGGGAGAUCAAGCUGUGAAUACUGAAGAGUCUGUCUAUAUCUUGUGUCAGAUGUUGUUCAUUUGAUUUUUUCUAAGACACACAAAAUGGACCUAGAGACGAAUCCCUGCUGCAGGGCCAACAGGAGCCUUAGAGGUCGAGGGUCAAAUGGGGUUUUCUCAGUUUCCCAGUGAGGUUGUGCUGAACUGAUCCCCUCCGCAGUGAGGGCAUACCCGCCUCAUUGAGAAUGUGAGGAACACAUAUUUUGUUCUUAAUUCGCUUAACUCCAAGAACAAGAACAAGACUCGGGAAAAAAAAAAUAAAAAAAUGUGUGUGUACCUUAACUGACUCGUGAUCAGUAAAAGAAAAAAAACAAAAACAUUUUGAAUCAAGCAUGAUAAAAACAAUUAUCAUGCGGAGAGAAUUACGCCUCUUAAUUAACUGAUGUGAUUGUUUAUGGAUGUGGGGAUCUGAGACCAAGACAAUCGCUUCUGAAGUAACACGAGGAUGCAUUGACAGAUGGACAAUUACGGGACAUCUUGUUGUACUUCUGGAGCUUUUGUGCCUCCCUUAAAUGUACUGAUAAGAUGGUGUUUGUAUCAAUGAUGUGAACUGUAACCAUGGAGAAAAGAGGACUUCUUGCAGUGCUGAUAUUAAUCAUUUACUGUAUUACUAUGAGAAAAACAAUAUCAGUGACAUUGAUGAUGAUAACAGGGUUUUCUUCUUCUCCUGUCAGGAGGAGUCUUUCGAUUUUUGAUUUUCUGGUGAUUUGUUUAUUUACUUAUUUUUCAUGUUAUAUUUUUAGAUCCUUUUAUUUGUCACUGCACAAUUCCUCACCUCCCUCUUUCUUGUUCUACUGUAUGCCUAUUCAUCUUCUUUCUUUGUCAUAAUUCGAAUUGUUCAGUAAGUUAUCAUCAGAAAACAACAGUACAAAAAUGUUUAUAAAGAUAUUAAAAUCUAUA